GAAAGAGGCACAGGCUGCACGCAGCUGUCCUGGAGCUGCGCAGCGGCCGGACUGGGCGCAAGGGGUCAAGCGCGACCGCAGGCUGCACAUGAGUGUGGGAAUAUGUCACAGAACUAUUUAUAUAAACUACGAGAAACUCAGACAAACGAGAUGCACUCCAUUAUCUUGUUGAAUGCGGUCGGUGUUUCGGAGUGUUACCAAGCGGGACAAUGAAAACCGAAAGCAGGCUCGUGCAGUGGAUAUGUUGGCUCAUCGUUAUAACGUCGUUUUUCCUGACCGGGUUUAUAAUAGGCUGGUUUGCAAGGCCCACCAGCACAGACACAAGCCAUGAUGCAGGGUCCAGACGUCACCUGAGAGAGUUUCUGGAUGAGAUGCGAGCAGAGAACAUCAGAGAUCAUCUGAGGAAGUUCACCCGGUUACCCCACCUGGCCGGUACAGAGCAGAACCUCCAAUUGGCUGAACAGAUAAAAGGGGAGUGGCUAGCGUACGGUCUGGACUCAGUAGAGAUGGUACCUUAUGAUGUGCUGCUGUCAUACCCCAACAUAUCACAGCCCAACUACAUCUCUAUAGUAGACGAGCUGGGCAACGAGAUGUUCAACACUUCUCUAUCAGAGCCGGUUCCUGAGGGAUAUGAGAAUGUCUCUGACAUCGUUCCUCCCUACAGCGCCUUCUCAGCGCAGGGACAACCAGUGGGUGACCUGGUUUAUGUGAACUAUGGGCGUACAGAGGACUUCUUCCAGCUGGAGAGAGAGAUGGGGAUCAACGUCACUGGGAAGAUCGUCAUAGUCAGAUAUGGAAAUGUCUUCAGAGGAAACAAGGUGAAGAAUGCGAUGCUUCAUGGGGCGAGGGGUAUAAUCAUGUUCUCAGACCCUGCAGAUUACUGCGCCCCAGGAGUUCAGCCAUACCCCGACGGGUGGAACCUUCCAGGUGGAGGGGCACAGAGGGGUAAUGUCCUCAACCUGAAUGGGGCAGGAGACCCCCUCACGCCAGGGUAUCCUGCUAAAGAAUACACUUACAGGUACAACCUGGAGGAAGGGGUGGGGCUUCCUAAAAUUCCAGUGCAUCCUAUUGGCUAUCAUGAUGCCAUCCAACUACUAAAGAAUAUGGGAGGAGACAUCCCACCCAAUAACUGGAAGGGAGCGUUAAAUGUGUCCUAUCGGAUUGGACCGGGCUUCACUGACAGCUUCAGUACACAGAAGGUGCGUAUGAACAUCCACACCAACAACCAGGUGACCCGGAUAUACAACGUCAUCGGGAGGUUACGAGGGGCCGUGGAGCCAGACCGCUAUGUGAUCCUGGGGGGCCACCGGGAUGCCUGGGUGUUCGGGGGGAUCGACCCGGUAACGGGAGCUGCCGUGGUGCACGAGAGUGUAAGGAGCGCUGGGAAACUGCUCAGAAAAGGCUGGAGGCCCAGGAGGUCCAUAGUAUUUGCCAGUUGGGAUGCAGAGGAGUUUGGACUGCUGGGAUCAACAGAGUGGGCUGAGGAAAACGCCAAAGUGCUGCAGGAGAGAGCAGUGGCUUACAUCAAUGCAGACUCAGCAAUAGAGGGUAUGUACACAUUGAGGAUAGACUGCACCCCCUCUCUCCACACCUUAGUGUACGACAUCACCAAACAGGUGUCCAGUCCAGAGGAGGGAGAGGAGGGGUUGUCUCUGUAUGAGAGCUGGCACAAGCGCGACAACUGGACAGAUGACCGCGAUGCACCCCGGAUCAGUAAGCUGGGUUCAGGCAGUGACUUUGAGGCGUAUUUUAUUCGACUGGGCAUCGCAGCAGGCAGGGCCCGAUACACCAAGAACAGGAAGACAGAGCGGUACAGCAGCUACCCAGUGUAUCACAGUGUGUAUGAGACCUUUGAGUUGGUGGAGAGGUUCUACGACCCUUCCUUCCGGAAGCUCAGAGCCGUAGCUCAGGUCAGGGGAGGCCUCAUCUUCCUAUUGGCUGAUUCCCAGCUCCUCCCCCUGGAUGCCAGUCAAUACGCUGGCUCUCUGACAAAGUACGCCCACACCAUCGCUCAGCUGGGACAAAAACACCCAGAUGCUCUUGUGAAAUACGGGGUAUCAUUUGAUUCUCUGUUCUCUGCGGUGGAGAACUUCACUGUGGCUGCUAGGGACUUCCAUGAGCGUCUCACCACUCUGGACAGGACAGACCCUAUACAGAUACGUAUGGUCAAUGACCAGCUAAUGUACCUGGAGAGAGCCUUCGUGGACCCGCUAGGUUUACCUGGCCGACCAUUCUACAGACAUGUGAUCUUUGCUCCCAGCAGUCAUAAUAAAUAUGCUGGCGAGUCCUUCCCUGGCAUUUAUGAUGCGCUGUUCGACAUCGAGCGUACAGCCAAUCCCAAAGAGGCGUGGGAUGAAGUGAGGCGACAGAUCAGCAUCGCUGCGUUUACCGUCCAAGCUGCCGCCAUGACACUCACACCUCCUGCCUAACGAAAAGAUCUCUCACACACACACACACACACACACACACAACUGAGAAAGACACACCAGCCCUGCCUUACACUCCAUGCUUUAUCUGAGCCAGUAGUCUGAAGCCACAUCCUCUCCCAUCGCUAUCUGGCUGCUUUUAGUAAAACUGCACCAUUUUGAAAAUAAAAACAGACUUUUAAUGAA